CCAGCCACCUAGCCGCAUGUGUUUUUAAGGUUAGAUGUCAAAAUUGUCAUGUGCCUCGCAUGUUUUUACUAACAUUGGUGAAAUAUUCUAAUAUUUUUACAGUUUAUAACUUUUAUGUUCAUUUUUAAGUGACGAAUAACCGAUAGGGAUGGAGGAGAGAGUAGAAAUCCCUGAGGUACCUGCCGCGGCCUCAAAUGAAGACGACAAUGCUGGACCAAGCAGUGAUGAUCCGUAUGAGGAAGAUUUUGCUGAAUACAAAGAUGGGGACUCAUCUGAUGAAGAAGAGCUGCGUAACACAGUGGGAAAUAUUCCAAUGGAUUGGUAUAAAAACUAUCCGCAUUUGGGAUAUGACCUUGACGGAAAUAAAAUAAUGAAACCCAAGCAAGGUGAUCUACUGGACGAAUUCAUAGACCGGAUGGAAGAUCCAAAUUACUGGCGAACAAUAGUAGAUCCGAUGACUGGCCAAAGAGUCAUCCUCAGCAAAGAAGAUGUCAAGAUCAUUCGCAGGCUGGAAAGAAGUAAAAUUCCGGAUCCAAGUCAUGAUGAGUAUAAACCAUGGAUCGAAUGGUUUACCUCAGAGGUGAUGAAGACUCCCCUAAGAAAAUUCCCAGAGCACAAACGAUCCUUCUUACCUAGUCUUGCAUAUAAGAAAAAGAUUAAUCACUUAGUACAUGGAAUUAAAAUGGGUAGGAUUAAAACGUUAGAAGAAGAAGAAAGAGAAAGGUAUGAGAAAAAGAAAGCAGCCAACAAGUUCUAUAUGCUCUGGGAUACUGACAAUACUGCAGAAGAAAUGCGUCGUAUUAGGAAUCAUAUUCCAGCCCCGAAAAGACAUCUUCCGUCCCAUGUUGAAUCUUAUAAUCCUCCACCAGAGUAUCUCCUGGAUGAAGAAGAGAUGAAAGAGUGGGAGUCGCUGAAGGAUGAACCCUGGAGACGGAAGUAUCCAUUCUUGCCAGAAAAACACAAGUCUUUGCGUGAGGUUGGUGCAUAUCCAAAGUUUGUUAAAGAAAGGUUUACACGCUGUUUGGACUUGUAUCUUUGUCCUCGUACCACAAAAGUUAGACAAUCAAUUCAACCUGAAGAUUUGUUGCCAAAAUUGCCAAGUCCAAAGGAUCUGCAGCCCUUCCCAACCACUGUAUCCCUCACGUACAAAGGACACACAAACAUGGUCCGGACCAUUUCUGUUGAUCCUCUUGGACAGUAUCUUUUGUCUGGAUCAGAUGACUGCACAGCCAAAGUAUGGGAAGUAUCCACUGGCCGUUGCGUCAAGACAUUCGAAGUUGGUGGUGUUGUUAGAUCUGUUGCUUGGUGUCCAAACUCAGCACUGUCAUUGGUUGCGGUGGCAGCUGAUCGCAAACUACUCCUCAUCAAUCCGAGUGUUGGAGAUUUUCUUGUUGUUGGAAAAACUGAUACUCUCUUGGAUGAGCCUCCUGAGCAGACUGCGAUAGUUGCUGAAAGAAUUAAGGCUGCUGUCCAGUGGGAGCAUCCAGAAAAAGAACUAUGGGACAAAGGCAUAAGAAUCGUCAUCAAUCAUUUUAAAGAAAUCAAACAGAUAACCUGGCAUGCAAAAGGUGACUAUUUUGCAACUGUGAUGCCUGACGGAGAGAACCGCUCAGUACUGAUUCAUCAACUGUCAAAUAGGCGGUCACAGAUUCCCUUCUCUAAAUCAAAAGGCAUAAUUCAGUGUGUUUUGUUCCAUCCCAUAAUUCCCUACUUCUUUGUCGCCACGCAACGAAAUAUUCGAGUUUAUGACCUUGUCAAACAAGAGUUGACCAAGAAGCUACUAGCAAAUUCUCAAUGGAUCUCUUCUAUGGCUAUUCAUCCAGGAGGUGACAAUCUAAUUGUAGGAACGUAUGAUAAAAAAACUAUUUGGUUCGAUCUUGACCUAUCCUCAAAGCCCUACAAAACACUUAGGUUUCACUCUGGUAGCGUACGAUCCGUUGCCUUUCACAAACGGUACCCUCUCAUGGCCUCUGGCUCCGAUGACAAAAAUGUUAUUGUCUCUCAUAGUAUGGUCUAUAGUGACUUAUUGCAAAAUGCACUUAUUGUGCCAUUGAAGAAACUAAAAGGCCACGAAGCAUUUGACGACUUUGGAGUAUUUGACACUCUCUUCCACCCAUUGCAGCCAUGGUUAUUCUCCAGUGGUGCUGACUCAACCAUCAAAUUAUACACUUAAGUUUAUCUUUUAUUUUCUUUUUUAAUUCUUUGUUGAGCACUUUUUUUAAAACAUGAUAUUUUUACAUAAACGUGAUAUGUAACUGCUUA